AGCACCACAGUAGAGUGAGAUUGUUGGAGGCAGUCAUACAUAUACGUACGUAUCUCGCGUGUUAAAUAUUAUUCGCCAAACAACUGUGACAAUUUACAGUGUGUUUUCGUUUUCGUGAAUUGUUUUUUGGAAAGUCUUCGAGCGCAACAAAAAAAAAUUCAUGUUGACCGAAUAAAUAAGAAGUGGCCGACGACAAAAAAAAAGUCACAUCAAUUUUUGGUUUGGUUUCGAGUGUGCAUCGAAUAAUUUACUUGACGACUUUUAGUUUGACGUACAUAUUAAUUUGCAUCGGCAAAAGAGGCAGUGAAACGUGAUAUGAAGACGUUAUUGCCACAAAAACUGAGCUAAUGAGCUUUCUGUUAACAAAAAUUAAACUCAAAAACGUGAAUUUUAGCCAUAAUUAUUCAAACGAACAUUUUUUUGUACAAGCAAAGUGCUAAUUGCGUUCUUUUUCUUUCAUUUGGAAAUGUAUUAGUAAAGUAUACUAAAAAAUCAACCGGGAAAAAAUCCAGGAAAUAAUUUGAAAGACUAAAUCAAUAGAGCCAAAACGAAGAACGAACACCAAAAAUAAAGCAAAAAGGUUUUUUUCAGUUUCGUUUUGCCAACUACGCAACACAAAUUUGUUGGUUUUUUUAUGAGAUUGUCGUCAUCGUCAAAAGGCUAUACAGCAACGUUUCGUAUGUAGUUGUGCGUACAUAUGUUUCGUAUAUUUCUUUUAUUCAUCGAACAACCAAGUGCGAUGAAAAGGGAAAUAAACUCAAGCAACAAACAAUAAACAAAGGCAGAAGACAGGCGCAACUACGCUGGUGUGUGCGAUAGCCAACAAAGAAUAAACAGGAAUCCCUUCGAAAUAUUGUGCAAAGUGAGCGUGUAUUGUAGCAUCAAUAAAGGAUACAAGAAGGAUAUACGCAUACGUAUGUGUUUGUAGACUGUGUGAGAGCAUUUACCACGAGGCCCCUGUGAGCGUGGAUAAAAUCGAUAUACAUUGAGAAUUUUUGGUGAACAGAGAAAAUAAACGGGGAAUUCGAUUUGAAAUGGCGGAGAAAAAUGGAAUUGUUGUUGAUCCGAUAUCGUCGGACGGAAGCGAAGAAUCGUGGAUUUUACUUGAUGAAAUGGACGAAGCGAUGAAAGAGGAGUAUAAUAGCAAUUCUGCAAACGAAUAUCAAAGUGAUUCGGUUGAUUCAACCGAGACAUUGAGUCAAUCGAAUGCCGUUGAAGUGGGCAAUGAAGCCGUUCCAACGAUCUCGGUGACAGACGAUACUGUCGACGGUACAUCCAAUACCGAAGAAGUGUGUCCAUCCAAUGAGGAAGAUGAUGAAAACGAUGACGAUACCGAAAAAGUUUUCAGGAUUCCAAAAAACGGCAAAACAUUUGUAUAUGAUGAAUCGUGUGACGGUUUCACAACGGACGGAAGCAUCUCAAUACUUGGUGACCAUGAAAUUAAUCAAGAGCGCUUUGGAGCCGAUGACUUAUCCAACCAUACACCAUCACCGCAACCGAUGCAAAUGUGGAUGAGAUGUACCCCAAUCGAUAUGGCCAUCAGUGUGAAGCGACCACGCAAUCAAGCGCUUGAUGAAUACAAAUCAUCAUCAUCACAAAAUGUUUCCUUUGAUUUUCAAAAUUUUGUGGACUUCAUACAUCGAGAAAUGUUUCUGAUUGUCAUAACCGCCAGUUUGUUGGGAAUAAUUUCCGUUAUGUAUGCUCAGAUGCAGAAAGUGGAAUACAAAUUAAAAGAAGUUGAACUCGAAUUGUAUAACAUUAAAAUUGAAAAGUACCAGAUCGAAUUGAAUUUAGCACAAUGCUACAAUCUUUAUGAUAACAAAACAAAUAACAGUGUUGAAUUUAUACCUGAACAAAACAAUGGUGAUAAACAAAUGCCUGCAGUGCAUGAUGAAUCGGCCAACGAAGAUGGUAGUUUUAUAAUUCAGCCGACAAAAUUGUCGGAUAUGGGAAUUCCCAAAAAAGAACCACUCGUAGAUCCAAAUCAAAUAAUUUGGACCGAUGCUGAGGAAUAUGAUGAUGACUAUACAUCCGAAGUAUUUAGACAUUCGGAAUGUAAUAUGAAACUUAGCGAAUUUGCACGAAAAAAUCGAGAAUAUUGCAGAAAACUUAAGAAUAUGGGGCGUGAAAAACCAAAGGUCGAAACACCGGAAAAAAUAUAUUCGACACAUUACUCGUAUAAGGCAAUUGACGACAAAGAAUGCAAUCCAAAUAAAAUUGAUUUUAAUUUGGGCAUAGAACAUGCACGUAAAGUAUUGCGAGAUAGUAAUUGUGAUGAUGAAGGUACAAUGAAAUACCUCCAAAAAGCGUACGAUAAUUUUAUGAAAAAAACAAAAGUCGAUCAUUUACAUGGCCAUAAGGAACAUAGAAAAACCGAUAAAACCAACGGAAAAUGGGAUAAAUCAGAAAAAUUUGAACACAGUGUGAUUAAAGCCGAAUAUGAUGACAAUUCAUCCGAAGAAUAUUUCGAUCGUAAUGAUAAAAAAGAUCGCCGUGAUAAAAAACAACACAAAGAUAGUGAUAAAGAAAAAAAUCGAAAAAACGAUCGCAAAGAUUCGAAAAAAUACCAUCAGGACAAAGAUCAAGGCAAAUGGAAUAAAAAUGAACGAAAACGUGAUUCGGUCAAAGUUCACGAUUGAACAUCAACUGAACAUAUAUUUUUUUUUAUUCUUAAUUUAAUCAAGCUACUUAGUCCAUCUUUUGUUUAGACUAAAGCCCAUUUUAGCUAAUUAAAUCUAUUUACACUAGAAAAUAAUCUAAAUGUAUAUCUUUAUGUCACGUGCAUUGACUGUAUCGCUAUAUUUUGGUCUGAAAACUUCAGAAUUGUGAAAAAGAAACUCGAUUGUGUUGCUUAAUGUCAAUAGAAUACAAUUUGGCCAAUUUAAUUUCCGUGAAACUACGUCUACCACCUUAAAGUAGAUAUGUGAACAAUUUGAAAAUGUGUAAAUAUAAAGUAUAAAAUUUAAAAAUAAUAACAAAAAAACCACUCAGGAGUUAAUUAAAAUCGAUGAAAGAGAUGACAGCACAUAUAUUGAACAGAAUAGAUAUUUUAUACUUGAUUUAUAGAUUACCCGUUUCACAUGGAUCUGUACAAAGAUGUACAUUUGGUACAAAGAAAAAAUAAGCAAUCUGCAAAAUGUGUUCAAAAUCGGAACGUUUGUGGCCGACAAUUCUCGGCAUUAAAUCUAUUGGUAUUUUUACACAAUGAAGCUAAACAAAAACAAUCCUACUUUCAUUUAUAUUAUUUGCUUUUAUAAAUUCAAUUCAGAAAAAUUAAUUAGUUUGGCCAUUAGGUUGUUUCCGUUUUAGAUUUCGAAAACAGUGUAAAAUUUGGAAUCCAACAACUGAAAACAUAUAUAUUAUUCUAGGUUUGAUAAUUUCAAUAAUUAUAUAAUAUUGAUAUAACAAUAAAAAUGUGAAAACCAAAUAAAAAAAUCCAACAAAA